AUGCGCCUCAAGACGCUCUACCUCCUCACGGCUCUGAUUUCGUCCGCUGCCGCUAAAUACUGGAUGGAGGAUAUCCCACACCGCGGGAUCUCGCCCUUUAACCCGGACAAGUCAUACACGGUCUUCAGAAACGUCAAGGACUUUGGUGCCAAGGGAGAUGGCGUCCACGACGACACCGACGCCAUCAACACGGCCAUCAGCUCUGGCAACAGAUGCGGUGGCGACAGCCCCUGCGCUGGAACAACCACCACCCCCGCUGUCGUCUACUUCCCCAAAGGCACAUACCUGAUCUCCUCCUCCAUCGUCUCUUAUUACUACACCCAGAUGAUCGGCGACCCAACGUCAAUGCCCGUGAUUCGGGCCACCCAGAACUUCCGGGCAAACGGGCUUGGUCUCAUCGAGGCCAACCCAUACCAGAGGACGGGAUAUCUCAGAUACGGAGCCACGAACACCUUCUUCCGCCAAAUCCGAAAUCUUAUUCUGGACAUGCGGCAGGUCCCCGGCGCCAUUUGCGGCAUCCACUGGCCUUCCUCACAGGCGACCUCGAUACAGAACGUCGUUUUUCGCAUGUCCUACGAUCCAAACCGCCACCAGUCUGGAAUCUUCAUGGAGGAAGGCAGCGGAGGCAUGCUCAAUGACCUAGUCUUCUACGGCGGCGAAUACGGAGCACAAUUCGGCAACCAGCAAUACACGGCCCGAAACUUCACCUUCCACGGCUCCCAGACGGCCAUCCUUCAGAUCUGGGACUGGGGCUGGACUUACAAGUCAAUGACGAUCAACAACUGCAGGACCGGAAUUGACAUGACUAGCUCGUCUGUCGGCUCUGUUACCCUGCUCGAUUCGCACUUCAACAAUGUCGACAUCGGCAUCGCCACCGGCCGGGAUCCUGCACACAAGGAGAAGCCAGGCGCCGGAUCUCUUGUCAUCCAAAACGUCCAGUUCAGGAAUGUCAGCACCAUUCUCAAGGGAGCCAAGGGCGACAUCAUCAAGGGGUCUCCUUCGGCAACGGUCAUCAAACGAGGCUUUGGUCAUGGAAAUGUUUACGCGCCAUAUGGCCCUAGCGUAUACCAGGCCUCAGACGCGUCGUCCUUCCCCGUACCGCAGGCUCUCACAGCAGGCGAGAAGUACUACGAACGAUCCAAGCCACAAUAUCAUGACACCCCUGCUCGCUUGUUCCUCUCUGCAAGGACCUACGGUGCCAGCGGCGACGGUGUCACAGACGAUACCGAUGCUUUGAACAGACUGAUGGGAGAUGCAUCCAAGAGGCACUCCGAGGGAGUCGUCGCCUUCAUUGACGCGGGGUAUUACAGGGUCACCGACACGGUGUUCUUCCCUCCUAAUCUCCGUGUUGUCGGAGAAGCCAUGUCGUCUGUCAUUAUGGCUGCUGGUCCCAAGUUUUCGCAUAUCGACCGGCCACACGCGGUGGUCCAAGUUGGCAAGCCCGGGGACAAGGGAUAUCUGGAGUUUUCAGACGUCUUCGUCUCUACGCAGGGAGCCACCGCGGGCGCCGUGCUGAUCGAGUAUAACCUUGCGACCUACACCGGUAGCACAUGCAAGCUGACCUCACAAAGCACACCCCCGUCUGGCAUGUGGGACGUGCACACUCGAAUCGGUGGAUUUGCGGGCUCUGGAUUGCAGGUGGCCGAGUGCCUCAAGACACCCGAGAAGCUCAACGAUGUGAACGCCAAGUGCAUUGCCGCCUAUAUGUCCUGUCACAUCACCAAGUCGGCCCGCGGCCUGUACAUGGAGAACAAUUGGUUCUGGGUGGCUGACCACGAUAUUGAAGACUAUAACAACACCCAGAUCUCGAUCUACGCCGGCCGUGGACUGCUCAUUGAGUCCAAGGCCGGCCGAAUCUGGCUGGUCGGGACUUCUGUCGAGCAUCACACAUUGUAUCAAUACCAGCUCGCCCACACAAAAAACAUAUGGAUGGGGCAGAUUCAGACCGAGACGGCGUACUACCAACCAAACCCGCCAGCGCCGUUCCCAUUCACUACACUGAACCAGACGAUCAGCGACCCCAACUUCGCGCUCGACUGCCGAGCCAAGAUGGGUAACGGUACCGGUGCUGCGGAGCCCUCCGCGGACGAGCCGCUAAUGCUCACCCUCGCAGAUAGUCUGCCAGGAAAACCACCCUGCGAGAUGGGGUGGGGCCUGAGGAUCAUCGGAAGCAAGAACGUGGUCAUCUAUGGCGCCGGGCUCUACUCGUUCUUCAACAAUUGGAGCACAUCAUGCUGCCAGGAAGGCUUCAAGACACACGAGGGGGUCUUGGGGAAGUGCCAAGCCCGAAUUCUCUACAUUGGCGCUGACCCUCUCAGCCCCUCGGCAAGCAGUCAAGGCAGUACUAAGAGCGAUACUCUUGACGUAUCACUUUACAACCUCAACACAGUUGGUGUUGUCAGCAUGAUCAAUCGCCAGGGUACUGACCUAGCCUACUGGAAGGAGAACAAAUCUGGGUUCACCGAUACCGUUGCCGUCUUCAAGUUCCAGAAUGGUCGGGGCACAGGCAGCGCUCAGAGGAGGAGCUCAGGUGAACCUGAAGACCCAUAUGAUGGAUAUGGUGACAGAGACGACAGUUCAGGCGGCAGUGGAACAGGCGGCUCUGGAACUGGGGGUGGGGGCUCCAGUGGAGGCUACGGUGCUGGCUCAGGCAUGCCUGGCCUGUCUUGGGGUGGUCCUAGAGGAUUUGCCGCCACGGAAGGCGAAGCCGGCUACCUUUGCUUUGGAAACUGGCAACAGCUCUGUGGACAGCCUCCACAGCUUGCCCAGAGCUCGAACCCCUUUGGCCCACCCUCAUCGUCGCCAUUUGCCCGAACGUCGACGGCGGUGUCAUCUCUCAGCCCCGUCCCAACGACUGGAGGUGGUCGCAUGUCGAUCUUCGGACCUGGAGACCACGUGACGCUGGACCGUGCAAGCCCCCAGCCACCUCUUUCCGCUUCUUCAUCUUCGAGUUGGCGGAGGACGACAGUAACUGUCACUGUCAGCGACAGCGGCUCCUCGAUAUAUCCAUCUUCAACCCGGAAGACCGUUACAGUCACGGUUGUGGAUGAUACAUCGAUGCCUACUCCUUCGGAGCCUACAUCAUCGGCACACAAGAGUACCGUCACCGUGGGCUUCGGGGGUAGCGCCAGUGAUAGCGGCUGGAGCUUUUUGUCGACGGAGCCCGAGGCCACACGUGGUCAACUCUCCACCUCAGAGUCGACAAAGAGUAUGACCCACUCUCCAACAACGACAAGCCGCACAUCCGACGGCGCCAACGCGACUCCAGGGUCUGGGACACCGGCCAUUCAUAGCCAAACGCCCGAUGAGUCUGACGAUUGCGGUGGGGAUGAAUGA